AAUCGUCAAUGUGUAGUGACACAGGUGUUUUCGGCCUAUAGACUAACGGGGUACACACAUCAAAGGCUCUGUUAUAUGCAAAAUGCAACACACUAACUCGGUAUGAAGCUGUGACCCCGUAGAGAUACUAUACAACUAGAGUACGAACUAAGCAUAGACAAGGCAUGCCUAAUAUGAAGAUAUCGGUGAUAUCGGUACUGAGCCUUGUACCGGCAUUCUAUCAACAUGCCAAUGCACUAGGAAGCGGGCUUAGAAGCUUAAGCAACGGUCUUAAGGAUGAUAUCGACAAGAUAUACAUCGAUGCAUACGAUGUGUUGGACCCAGAUGCAGUUCAACCUAGAUGGAAUAAAACAGCACAAGCAUUACAAAAGGCACUGAGGAUAAACUACCCAAGAAUGCUGUCAUCACAGCUAUUCGUUAAACCGAAAUAUGAAAUCCAGCUACAUAGAUUCACACAAGUACAUCGCAAGAAAAAGGAAUCAAGAUAUCAGAAAUAUACAGAACAUGAUCCAUCAUUCCUAGGACAUGAUGUAGCAACAAAACAAGACAAUAUAGAUACAUUUAAUAACACAGUCACGAGAUUGUCACAGUUUCUGCUGAAUUUCGAAAAUAACCAGUAUUUUGGAGAAAUCGAAGUGGGCACGCCGCCAGAAAAGUUUGUAGUGGUAUUCGAUACCGGUUCAAGCCAGCUGUGGAUACCGUCCAAGGAAUGCUCAAGCACCGGGUGCUCGACGCACAGGAAAUUUGAUGCCAAGGGAUCUAGUACAUACAAAAAGGCGCCAUUAGAUGCAGCCAAUGCGUAUAUACAAUAUGGAACUGGUGAAUGCGUACUGGCACUCGGGUCAGAUACAGUCAAAAUCGGGCCUCUUGAAGUGAAAAACCAAUCCAUAGGAUUGGCGACAUACGAAAGUGAUCACCCAUUUGGAGAUUUACCAUUCGACGGACUUGUGGGACUGGGCUUCCCAGAUAAGAUGUACAAAGAUACCGAUGGAAUGCUGCCAUUAUUGGAUAACAUAAUGCAACAGAAGUUACUUAACCGGAAUUUAGUGGCAUUCUACAUGUCAAAGGAUAAGACGCAACCCGGUUCAAUGUCAUUCGGAAGCAUAGACCCAAGAUACGUACUGCCAGGACAUAGCCCAUGGUGGUUCCCAGUGGUAGCCACUGAUUUCUGGGAAAUAGCAAUGGAAGCUAUACUAAUUGACGGAAAACCAAUGAAACUAGAAAAUAAGUACAAUGCCGCAAUAGAUACGGGAAGUAGUUUAAUAUCAGGACCCUCAGAAGUAGUUGGACCAUUACUGGAUAGACUAGCACUGUCACCAGAUUGCAGUAAUCUAAAUCAAUUGCCAACUAUAUCGUUUGUAUUCGUGGAUAUGAACGGAAGGAAAAUAAAAUUCGAUAUGUCACCAGACGAUUAUGUUGAACGUAUCGAAUACGAUGACAGUGAAUUUAUCGCAACAAAAAAUGAACCAAACAAUGACGCAACGGAACAAAAUAAAAAUGCUGAAAUUAAAGCAACAGAAAACACACAAUGCGUUAUAGGAAUAAUGACAAUGGAUGUACCCAAACCUAAAGGACCACUGUUCGUAAUGGGAGUCAACUUCAUCAACAGAUACAUGGCAAUAUUCGAUAGAGAUGCCAUGGCAGUUGGAUUGGUGCCAUCAGCACACAAAGUUGACGAAAGAGAAGAGCAACGCAAGCUAGAAGAGGAGUUCAAUAUCAUAGAAGAAAACGAACGCAAAGCAACGGCUGCAGCAGCAAUAUUCAUUGUCGUAGUGAUAACACUAGUCAUGGCACCCGUGCUAUACCUGUCACUACAAAGUUGAUAUCAAUAUAUAACGCAUUA